AUGUGGCCCCUCCGUGCCGCCUUCCGCGCGGGGCUUCGGCUCUCUCGCGUGAGCCGCGGCCUCCCGGCUGCGAGGGCCGCACCGCCGCCGCCCAACCCGGUGCGCGCGCUCGCCGCCUUGGGUCCAGAGGUGCCGGGGUCGGACGUGCGCAGGGGCGGAGGAUGGGGCGGGCGGGCGGACGGGCAGAGAGCCGGAGCCCGGGAUGAGGUCCUGGAAGAUGCGGACGCCGAAGAGGAGGAAGAGGAGGAAGCGCUGCUGAGCAGAGAGUCUCUGCUGCCGGCGGGCAUCCAGCGCGUGUGCCUGGUCCACCCGGAGGUCAAGUGCGGCCCGCGAAAACCACAGCUGACCCGAGCGGAGUGGCAGGUUGCUGAGGCCAAGGCUCUGGUGCACACGCUAGAUGGCUGGUCCGUGGUGCAGACCAUGGUGGUGCCCACCAAGACGCCAGACAGCAAGCUGGUUUUCGGCAGAGGAAACUCCGAGCACCUGACAGAGAGAAUCCGAGGGUCUCCAGAAAUCACGUCCGUCUUCCUGAACGUGGAGAGGAUGACCCCCCUCACAAAGAAGGAGCUCGAGGCGGCCUGGGGCGUGCCGGUGUUUGACCGCUUCACCAUUGUGCUGCAGAUCUUCCGCUGCAACGCCCGCUCCAGGGAGGCCCGGCUGCAGGUCGCACUGGCCGAGCUUCCGCUGCUCAGGUCCAACCUGAAGAAUGAUGUCGCUCACCUGCACCGACAGGGCAGGGGCUCUCGCUACAUCAUGGGGUCAGGAGAAACGUUCGUGGAAAUGCAGCAGCGUCUCUUGAAGGAAAAGGAGGUGAAGAUCAGGAGGGCCCUGGAGAGGCUCAGGAGGAAAAGGUGUCUUCUGCGGAAGCAGCGCCAGAGGCGGGAGUUCCCUGUCGUCGCCGUCGUGGGCUACACAAACUGUGGGAAAACCACUCUGAUCCGGGCGCUGACCGGCGAUGCCGCCGCACAGCCUCGGGACCAGCUGUUUGCGACGCUGGACGUCACGGCCCACGCGGGCUCCCUGCCCUCACGCAUGACCGUGCUCUACGUGGACACUGUCGGCUUCCUCUCCCAGCUGCCCCACGAGCUCAUCGAGUCCUUCACGGCCACCCUGGAGGACGUGGCCCAUGCUGACCUGAUCGUCCACGUGCGGGAUGCCAGCCACCCUGAGACGGAGCUGCAGAAAGCCAGCGUCGUGUCCGCACUGCGCGGCCUGCGCCUGCCCACCCUGCUGCUGGACUCCAUGGUGGAGGUGCACAACAAGGUGGACCUGGUGCCUGGCUGGCUACACCGUGAGGCCACCGUGCAGGACAUUGACGUGAUCCCUGAGGAUGGGACGGCUGAUGUGACCGUCAUCAUGAGCAACGCAGCCUACGGAAAAUUCCGGAAGCUCUUUCCAGAAUAA